AUGGAUAGCACUAAAAUAUUUCAAUUGAUCAUUGCCUUUUUUAUUCCUCCUUUAGCUGUUUACAUGGCUCGUGGUUGGGGUCAAGAAUGUAAACUAAACCUUAUUUUGACUAUUUUGAUUUUUAUUCCAGGUAUGUUACACGCUUUCUGGAUCGUUAUGAAAGAUUAG